CAUUGGUGAAUAACUUUAAUCCUAAUUUUUCUAUUCGCUUUGGAGGUGGUAACAUUGUGUUAAUCUUGUUUGGGUCCAAGGUUGAAUUGGAUAAGGAUUUCAGUUCGGUAGCUGUGAUUAUCCAGGAGACUUGUAUGAAGAGGUAUGAUCUUGGGGGGGAGGAAUGUGCAUUAGAACCCUCUCGUCUUGUUUGGCUGCAUUGUUUUGGCAUUCCUUUCCAUCUGUGGAAUCUGAGUACUUUCCAGAGGAUUGGCAACUUGUAGGGUGACUUCAUCAGAGUUGAUUCCUUGGAUUCAAAAUCACUAGUUUGUGGAAGAAUUCUAGUGCACACUAGAGUUAUGGAGUCUAUUAGCUCAAUGGUGUAUGUGGAGUGUAAUAAUAAGCAGUUUGCUGUAUCAGUGUUAGAGGGGCAGGUAAGUAUGGACUUUGCAGAGGAAAUAGAGCAAAAGUGGGGUCUCAGUUCGCAUGCCGAGCACCGGUCGGAAUCUUCAGUUGUUGGUGGUAGGAGCAAGAACACGCAGAGGCCUGAGGUGGCGGUGGAUAAUGAUGAAGAGCAGUUCUACUCUUCCCAGAAGGCUACAGGGCUUGUAGGAGCUGUAGUAGCUGGCAUGCAUGGUCAUUGGGACUCGGUGUCGGCAGUGAAUGAAUCAUGCUCUGUGCAUGAUGGUCAACGGGUUGAUUGUCAUAAGGAGGGAAGUAAGUUUUUGAAUUGUGUUCGGCCUGUUAAUGAUCUGGGUCUUGUUAGGACUCAGAUGGGCUUCAUGAGGAGUAUCAGUACGUCAAUUGGGCCACAACCAAGUUCGAAUUUAGAAGUUGUGCUGGGUGAGCCCUCUUUUGUUGGGCCUUCUCUUGGCAUAAGGUGUGGUAUUUCUGAUUUAGUAAAGGUGGGCCAGAUUAUGGAGGUUGAGCCUUCUAUAAUUGGGGAUCAUCUGCAGGUUGCGGACAUAGAGGGUGGCUCUUUUGAGUCGGUGGAGGAUGGCAUCUCUGGGAGCACCACUGGUGUUGUCAAUAAGGUCCAUUCAAAGGCCAAUCUUCAACUCAGGGGUGGGAAAAAGGAACGCAAAAAUCCUCUUCCUGUGGAACCGAUUCGGGGGGUUACGAGACCUUAAGGGCAGAGGAGCAGAAAUCAGUUAACCUAUACGAAGAAAGGAGCCACCCUUAAAGCUGCGAUUGCGACUUUUUCGCUGGCAUCGUCUUCAAAGUCGAAUUCUAGCAGAGGGAGAAUUAUUCUCAAUGAAGCUCAAGCAUCUGUGCAGUUGGGUAAAGCUUUGGGUAUUGACUUUGAUGCCCAGGAGGACGUGGUGCUUAGCAAAAUUGCUGAUUUGGAGAGGAAUGAUUUGGCAAGGAUUGAGCAAAGGAGGAAUCAGCAAGGUAGUGUUAAGAUCUGGUGUAGAGGACAAAUUGGUGUGGACUUUUGGUGCCUCAGAGGUUUACUCAGUGAAAUUAGCCUAUGAAUGGAUUUCCUGCACUAACAGAUCAAGUGUUCUAGUGCCUAGUUUGCUUUGGAAGGGCAUCUCUCCACCUAAAAUGCAAUUCAUCUGUUGGCUGGCAUAGAGAGGCAGACUCAAAACUUCUGUGCUUCUUCAGAAUAUUGGAGCUCUUGAUCCCAGUGGUCCCUCUCUUUGUUGCUUUUGUAACUCAUGUGCUGAAGAUGUGUGUCAUGUUCUUCUUUACUGUCAAUUUGCUUGGCAAAUCUGGUCUGACUUGGUAAAAUGGUGGAGUUUGGUGUGGGUUAUGCCUGAUAAUGUAUCUCAGCUUUUGGAUUGGUGGAGUGGCUUUAAAUUUAAGAAAGUGCUUCAGAGUAUGUGGGAUGCACUGCCAUCUGUGGUUAUGUGGUUUGUGUGGAAGGCUAGGAAUGAGAUCAGAUGUGCUGGUUCUGGGGCUAACUGGUGUGAAGUUUGUAAGUCCAUCAAGUUACACAUUGCCUUUUUGGUGAAGUAUCACAAUAAAGGGGUGGAUUGUUCAAUCAAUGAUCUGUUAUAUAAUUUGGAUUCCAUCAGGGGGUUUUGAAUUGUGGCUCUGCUACUGCUGUCUGGUGGGUGCUAGUGCUGUCGCUGUGUUGGUUUGCUGGGGUGUGUUGGGGUGAUCACUUCAGUGCCCAUUAGUUGAUUGUUGUUGGCUAUGCUGGUGUGUGGCUCUAUAAAUUUGCUCUGGUUCUAAGUUGAUGGCAUGUGUGUAGUUCUGCUUCUGCUGUUCUGUGGCAUUCUGUGGGGUGAUCUAUUGCUUGUUACUGCCUUGCUGGUGAGUGGCUCUGGUCUGGUCUGCUGUGAAUGGUGAUCUAUUGCUUGUUUCUGCCUUGCUGGUGAGUGGCUCUGGUCUGGUGUGUGGCUCUGUAGAGUUGCUUUGCUGCUGCUGUUUUGUGCUGCUGGUGCGUGGCUCUGUGCUGCUACUGUGUUGGUUGGGAUGUAGCUGUUGGCAUGCGUUCGGGUGAUUUUAGUGUGUCCUUCAGUUGCAGUUUGCUUCAGCUGUUUUUAGUUCCCUAAUCUCUAAAGGCAUGUGUUGGGGUGAUUUUUGUGUGUCCUUUAGUUGGAUUUGCUUCUGCUGUUGUGUGUUGUUGUGUCUUUCUUUUGCUGGUUGAACACUUAUCAACUAGCCCUUGGCUUGUGUUAGCUCUCUUUUGGGUGGCUUUUUUGUGCCAUCCUUGUUUUUUUCUUUAUUCAUGUAAGUUGUAAGGUUUCCUCCUUGGUUCUUAUUCAAUAAAGUUCUUUUCGCUGAUCAAAAAAAAAA